AUGGACCUGGCUUUGGUCAUUCAUGCGAUGAAGAAACAUUCAGAAGCCUUUAGGUCUUCCGUAAGCCAGCCACCAACUGGAAAUGUUACCAUCAAAGGAUCAUAUUGGAAAUGUCAUGGGUCAGCAGCAGCUCCUUCCCAAGGUGCAGGAGGAGCCCCCAGUCCAGGUGCAGCAGGGCCUCCGCUCCAGACCAACGUGACCAGCAAUCGUAGGCUGCAGCAGACACAGGCUCAAGUGAAUGAGGUGGUGGAUAUAAUGCGAGUCAAUGUGGACAAAGUACUAGAAAGAGACCAGAAGCUUUCGGAGUUGGAUAACCGGGCAGAUGCCUUGCAAGCUGGUGCCUCCCAGUUUGAAACUAGCGCAGCUAAACUGAAGAGGAAAAACUGGUGGAAAAACUGCAAGAUGAUGAUCAUUCUGGGUAUCGUAUGUGCAGUCAUUCUCAUCAUAAUUAUAAGUGAGUGGUUCAAUUCUUUGUUUUGA